GCAAUGCAAAAUGUACAUAACGCGAAUUUGAAAAUAAUAUAUGUUUAGAUGUAUCAAAACUGGAUAAUACCAAAAAUAAAUAUGCAGAGUACUAUCAAAGAGCUCCUAGAUGCAUUAGGAUGCAACUUGGAAGCCGACUCCGUUUUUGAUUGCAUUCAGAAUGAUCCCAACUAUGGAAACUGUAACCUGUCCUCAAAACAGGUUAAUGAAUAUGCACAACGUUUGGCACUGAAGGCAUCGAAUGCGAAGGCUUUUUUGAAAAAGUAUGAAGAACUCAAAAACAGAAAUACCGACAAUCUGUCUGAUGUAAUAGUGCUAUUUUACAAAUUAGUUUGUGAUGAAAGAAAGGCUAAAAUACCAAAACCCAAAGUUGCACCAAAACCUAUUUUGGGUGACAACAAACAUCAAAUCACAAAAGAAGAUUUGCCGCAGAUAAAGGACAAACUAUUGAAAGCUGUGGAUGAGAGUAAGAAACUUGUGAUGAAGUCCUUUGAAGAGAAGGAGUCCAGACUCCAGCCAACCUGGUACAGCAGCUUGGAUUUACCCAACUGGCAAAAAGACCAUCCUGCCAUGUCAUGGGACUUCCCAAAAGACCCUGUGCCUAUAAUUUCAUCAUUAGCUGGUAUACCCAUUGCGUCUCAGGAAAAUAUCCUUAUAGAUGAGCUGUUAUACAUUUUCUAUGGUGUACCUGGAAAUUACAUAGUACACCAGCCAGUAAAAGAUACGUAUGAUGCACGUACUUUCCUCAUAUCAGAAGAUGUAGAUGACGCAUUAAAACAGAUUGUACAACAAAUGUUACCAUUAGCCUCCAAUUAUUCCAUAGUCAGGAGAUUUAUAGAACACUGCAAUAUGUGGUCUGGUCAAGUUUUACAUGCACUUGUUGCUGCAAUUGAAAUUUUACUGAAAGAUUACUAUACUAUGAUCGCGCAACUGGAGACGGAACAUAUGACGGGAAGUUUGUCAUUACAGAAAUUAUGGUAUUUUGUGCUACCCACAAUGCACACUAUGCAAGUUCUUGCCGCUAUAGUUACGAAAAUUGGAAAAAGUGAGCUCCGUGGUGGAGCAGUUCUGACAGUACUGCAUGACAAAACCAACACAUUAAUGGGCGACGCACGUGCACAGGAGAUAUCAUUGUUCCUAACAGAACGCGCUUGCCGGCCAUACCUCAACGUCCUGGAUCAGUGGAUACAUAAAGGAACCAUUGUCGAUCCAUUUCAGGAGUUUAUGAUAGAAGACAACGAGUUAAUUAACAAAGAAGAGCUGCCUGUAGAUUAUUCUGCUGAUUAUUGGGAGAAGAGAUAUUGUAUACAAAGCGACAGAGUACCGAAAUUUCUCGAUAAGUUCACUGACAUUAUUCUUCGAACUGGAAAAUAUUUGAACGUUAUCAGUCAGUGUGGAAAAUCAAUAAGCAAGACGAACACAGACGAAAUAAAAUACUCACUAAGAGAACAAAACUACGGUGCUAUAAUACAGAAGGCUUACGCUUUCGCAAGUAAAUCAUUGCUGGAGCUACUACUCAAAGAAUACGAUCUGAUGGGUCGAUUGAAGUCUGUCAAAAACUACUUCCUAAUGAGCCAGGGCGAUUUCAUCGUGCAAUUUAUGGACGCGACCGAUCAGGAGUUAUCGAAGAAGAUAGACGACAUUAUACCCUCCAAGUUGGAGUCACUUCUUGGACUUUGCCUUAGGCUCUCCGCUGCCAGUCAUGAUCCAUAUAAUGAAGACAUGAGAGUUGAACUCCUUCCGUACGAUCUGCAGUUCCAAAUGUUCAAGAUCCUAUCCAUAGAAACAGAAGAGGAGGAAGAAUACAAACACAACAAAGAUUGUCCUCCGUUGACUGGCAUAGAGACAUUCUCGUUCGGCAUGGAGGUGAAAUGGCCGGUGUCCUUAGUGCUCAACCACAAGGCCAUCGCUUGCUAUCAGAUGAUAUUCAGACAUCUCUUCUAUUGUAAGCACGUCGAGAGACUACUUUGCAAGGUGUGGCUGUACAACAAGGUGGUGAAGCGGUUCUCGGAGGCCCGCCUGUACGCGGAUGCGUUCGCGCUGCGCCAGCGGAUGCUGAGCUGCAUCCAGCACCUGCAGUACUACAUGUGCGUCGAGGUCAUCGAACCCUCCUGGUGCCAGCUCAUACAAAGUCUAGAUAAGGUGCACAACGUUGAUGAAGUGUUGGAGAGGCACAAUGACUUCCUCGAAUCCUGCCUCGGGGACUGCAUGCUCACUAAUCCUCAACUGUUGAAGGCUGUCACCACGCUCUGUCUCGUUUGCGUCCAGUUCUGCAGUUUCAUACAGGAGAUGCACAAGUACUUCGUGGACGCAGAGCUAAACAGUAUGCUUGGAUCGACAUAUGACAAUACAGAAUAUAGUGAGGAGGCAGGUUGCGGGACCACUACGAGCGGCUCGGCGGACUCAUUCUCUCGUUCUGUGUCGCGGUACGGGCUUCGAUUCACGGCGGCGUUGCUCUCCGUGCUCGCUAUAAUCGAUCGUAAUGCACGCGACAAUAACACGAACAAACUCCUCAACAUAUCCGCCAGAUUGAAUUUCAACACUUAUUACGCGAAGCAACUCGAAAAGUUUUGCUCUGAUGACAAACUUCUGGACUGUGAGAAGAAAACGCCGUCCUCCUAGCGCGGGCUUGCGCGUAAGCGCGCCAACCUUGUCACGUCAGUGUGAAACUCAAAUUCUCGUACUAAAACUACAUACAUAUUACUCAAGCGUACCACAAUGGUGCUAAAAAUACUAAACAUUUUGCAUUACAAUGGAGUAUUCUACAUAACAUUAAGGUAUUGUUCAACACAAUUGAUAUUUAAAGAUAUGAGAGUCGGUUUAGAAUAGAAAUUCGUUGCGUCAAUCACUUCGUUGAACUCUGAUUAAUGAAAUUAUUAAUGUCACUAUCGGAUAGUAUUUAAAUACUAGCAUAGUAUGCUAUAGAUACGUCACAAGUUAAUAUUAGUAAUGUCAAGUACAAAAUAACAAGUUUGAAACUAGUAUUAAUAGUAAUAGUGCACCGAACUAAAUUAGUUGUAGUUGAAUAAAUGAAUCGCGAUCGAGAUGUUAGUUUUACAUAGCGGAUUUUUUUAAAUAUCUAGACAAAAUCAAUGGUUUUAAAAUAGUUUAGUACAAGACAGUCGGUAGUUUUAGUGUAAUAAUUCUGCAAUGCCGGAUUUGGGCGGGUCCAAUCUCACUUAACAGAAUAUCAGUAAAAAUACAAAAGUGAAUUUUUAUUGUUUUUUUUUUUAAUAAUUUUAUAGUAGCUUUACGUUGAAUAAUCGUUCGACUAAAAUCGAAUUUUGAGAAUGCAUUAGACUUUCUCAAUUAAUUCAAUAGGUUUGCCAUUUAAAUAUUGAUGUUAAAUUCAACAAUGGAGAGUCCUAUAUAACUCAAGUAUCUAGUUUUAAAUUGAAACGUAACGAUGAGUCUCUCGUUCCUUGCCAUAAAAUAGUUGAAGCUUAGCCAUGACUUUCGUUAGUAAAUAAGAUUAUUGGUAAAAAUAUAUUGUGUGUACUGUGAACAAAUUUCUCUGAUAUUAUCUUCGAAUGUUAACAUUAAGGCUCCCCGCGCACUAGGCAGCCAGGCUGCGGCAACCGAAAUAUUUGAGCAGCCAGUUAUAGCAGCCAAUCGACGCCAAUUUAUGAUCUUUUCGUCGAGCGAUAUGGACUUUAUCUCGUAAAAAAUGCAAAGCAAAGAAAAGACACUGGAUUCAUCCUCUUUUACUAGAAAGGCAUUCAAAAGGCUUAUUCUAUAACUAUUUUAUGGGUGUUCAUACAUACCCAGCAUUGGUCACCGUUCUCGUCGAACCCGUCGCUUGCGACGAAGGGCUCGACUAGUAAAUUAAGAGAUAAAUACAAGAGAUUGUACAAGCAUGCUGUGUCAUAUAACUAACAUUUGGCAAAACGAAUAUGCAUUGGCUGCUACAGCAAGUGCGCGGGGACUGAUAGCAGCCACAUACAUUCGCCGACAUUCGCUCUGGCUGCCGUGCAACAGGCGCGUUGUAAUGGCUGCCUUGAGCGCGGGGAGUCUUAUUGAACUAUACAGCUGUAAGUCGAUUUAUGUACUCGCUUAUUUGAGUUUGUCUCGUGUUCUGUAUAAUACCGUAGAUACUGCGAAUUCCAUGACAAAUGAUAUUCAUUCCAAGUAGAUAGUAAAGGUUUGUUAGCUCGGGCUGUGGAAUGUUUGUGUAAUGUUUUAAAUUAUGAUGUUUUCGGGUGUAUUAGAACGUGUUUACUGUGUUACAUAAUAAUUAGGUAUAUUGGUUAGUGAAUUUGGCGAAAGCAACGUAUGAUGUAUACAUGGCCUAACCAUUAUUAAAAUUCAAACUUCCGAUAUAAAGUUACUAAGGUACUGUGCUAUAGUUGACAUAAUUUUUUUCAUGCCGUUGCAUUUGUCAUGUAACACAAUUUGAUAAUAAAAAAUAAAUAAAACAACCAUUACAUACUACAAGUAUUUUUGUCAUUUUAUACUUCAUAAUAUUGUUAUGUCUUUUUCGAAUAUGUUGUAUUUACGUUUUUCCGGUAAAUUCGUAAAUAAAUAUGAUCUGUGCGUUCUUUACAGUUAUUCUGUG